ACUUCACCAAUAAUAAUAAUGGCAUGAUGGUAGAAACAAAAAGAUCUUCAAGCACUUUGAUGGAGUCAUCAAAUGCAUCGAAGAAAUCAAGACCCCAAUCAUCACGCUCUUCAUGCCAACACCUUAAGAUUAGAAAGGAGAAAUUAGGAGAUAGGAUUGCGGCUCUUCAGCAAUUGGUGGCUCCUUUUGGCAAGACAGAUACAGCAUCCGUACUUCUAGAGGCAAUUGGAUACAUUAAAUUCCUUCAAAGCCAAGUGGAGACACUAAGUGUUCCAUAUAUGAAGUCAUCAAGGAACCAAAUCAGCAGAGGACUCAUAAUGAGGCAAGGGGUUUCAGCAAGAGAUAAUAUUAUGAACUCGGAGGCAAAGCAUGAAGACCUUAGAAGCCGAGGCCUCUGCCUUGUACCAAUGUCGUGCAUGGCAUACAUAGCCGGCGAUGAUGGUGGCGGUUGUGGAGCGUGGCAGCAACCGCCAAAUUUUGGCGGCCCAACCUAAUAGUAAGGAGAGGAUCGGAUCUUCUUACAUGCAUGCAAUUUGCAUGCACAUUCUAUACUUACGUCUCUAAUGUUAGUCACAUUAUGUUAGGAGAAAAAAUUUA